CGCAGAAAAGGACAGAUCGUAAUGAAUCUAAUUGAUAUCAUCUCUGAGCUCGUCGCCCCCAAAACUUGCCACAACUUCUAUUACCCUUUCACGGUUUCACCCACUCACUCUACUCCCUACCUCCCUCGCUCUCUCCGCCAAUGUCAAAACCAUAGGAAGGACCACCUCUACGUACUCCUUUCCCAUGGCGACGACGUCUUAUUUGGGAACUGGUCGCUACAAGCUCCUUCCCCUCUCUCCCUCUUCUUCUAAUUUACGUUCUUGCUGCUGCCGCCCCUCGCCCUCGAAACCCCUACUUCCCGCUCGUCCCGGCUCCAGAGUCUGUAAUCUUGUUUCGGUCUUUGAACGACACAAAAGCGUUCUUUUCCUCCCCCAAAACGCAGCCUCCAUGCACCGGCGCGUUAUAACCUCCGUCGCCCGGGCCGAGCCAGACCGGAUUGACGAGGGCAAUGCCAAACAGGAAGUCGGCAAAGGCCAUACGUUAUCAGCAAAAGAGGAUUCGGUGUCGGAGCUUAAAGAGAAAACUAGUCAGUUAAAGACAAGAAUUGUUUUUGGACUUGGCAUUGGAUUAACUGCCGGUGGUAUUGUAUUGGCUGGAGGAUGGGUUUUCACUGUGGCUUUGGCUGCUGUUGUUUUUGUUGGUGCACGCGAGUAUUUUGAGUUGGUUAGGAGUCAUGGAAUCGCUGAAGGGAUGACGCCACCUCCUCGUUACGUCUCACGUGUUUGCUCCGUUAUCUGUGCUGUGAUCCCUAUUCUUACCUUGUAUUUAGGUCAAAUUGAUGUUUCCGUGACAUUUGCUGCCUUUGUUGUUGCCAUGGCAUUGCUUUUACAGAGAGGAAUUCCUCGUUUUGCACAGCUCAGUAGUGCCAUGUUUGGGCUCUUUUAUUGUGGCUAUCUUCCUUGCUUCUGGGUUAAGCUUCGAUGUGGCUUAUCAGCCCCAGCCUUAAACACCAGAAUAGGAGCAACAUGGCCCAUUCUUCUUGGGGGACCAGCUCAUUGGACAGUUGGUCUUGUGGCAACGCUGAUCUCUAUUAGCAGCAUAAUUGCAGCUGAUACAUUUGCUUUUCUGGGUGGCAAGACAUUUGGGAGGACGCCACUUACUAGUAUCAGUCCAAAGAAGACAUGGGAAGGAACUAUCACAGGCCUGGGUGGUUGUGUAGCCACUUCUGUCAUCUUAUCAAAGAUAUUUUGCUGGCCAACAUCCGUGCUAAGUGCAAUUGCUUUUGGGUUUCUGAAUUUCUUGGGUUCCAUUUUUGGCGAUCUUACCGAAUCAAUGAUCAAACGUGACGCUGGUGUUAAGGACUCUGGGUCCCUAAUACCUGGACAUGGUGGAAUACUAGACAGAGUGGAUAGCUACGUAUUCACGGGUGCACUUGCAUACUCAUUUGUCAAAAUCUUCCUGCCACUCUAUGGAGUCUGAUAAUUUCUUAUGGAUGCUUUAGUUAAAUUAUGAGGGAGUAGUUUCUGCUCUUUUCUUUCUGGACAAUAGGAUUUACUACUUGGACAAGCACGUAGGGGAUGAAGUGUUUAGAGAAGAGGCUCAAGAUUAGAUUUGCAUCUGCAGCAGAAUAUCUUGCUAAUUGCCCAAAAUGCGAAGCAAAAAUAUCCCAUAAUCCUCCACCUAUGCAAGUUAGAAAACACACUCGAUAAACUUAUUUUCAAAGUGCACGGGGUCAGUACUUCAGGCUAACCAGGGCUGUGGAUUAUCGCGUGACAUACCUCAACAUGUUCAAGAAGUCCCAUAUUCAUAUUGAUUUCAACGAUAGUGCCAUUGUUGGCUGUGAAUACACUGGUUUUUCUUUAUAAGUCCAAUGUUCUGCUUGUAAGUUCUGAUUUGAUUCUACUUUGUAACAAAAUAUAUCGGCUGAAAGUGCUAGUUCCUUGGCGUUU